GUUUAUAAAAUAGUAUUUUUUUGGAAAUUUGUAGAGCGUGUAUUAUCGUCCACAAAAUUUAUUUUAGUGGUAUUGUAGGAUAUUUGUCAAAAAAAAAAAAAGUGCGCAGCCAGCAGCCCCUCAUGUUUAAUGCAUACACAAAGGUUAUAUCAGCUAGUCUAGAGACGAGAAGCACGUGGAAAGAAGAAACUAUCAAGUUGGACUUGGAUGAUAUAUAUAUAUAUGCAGCUGUGGAUUUGAAUCGUAAACCAACCAACCAAUCAGAUGGACCACACUCUUUCUCUUCUUCCAUUUCUCUUCAUCAUAAUCAUUUCUUCCUUCCAUGUUUUGCCUGUUUCACCCACACCUUCACACAAACUAAAAUCCGCCACUACCAUCAGAAAACUCAACCGCGGAGGACCUUACAUCGGUCUCGUGACGGUCAUUGCGACCGAAGAAAAUGCUUUUCUCCGCAGUGUCGAUUUCAGACCUGACCCUACUCAUCCCUUCUUGGAUCUCUCUGGGAGACGUUUUCGAAUAGGGAAGAUUCAUGGAAAGAAGGUUGUGUAUGUUAGAUGUGGGAGAGGAAUGGUGAGUAACCACAACAUUAAAUUAUCCAAAACAGAACAAAAAAAACUACAACAAAAUAAAGAAGUUUAUAUGGCUCUUAUUUCUUAUCUAAAAGUAGUAUACAAAAAGGGAAUGGGCACACACCAAAAUAUCCUGAUCCGUAUACAAUAAUUGAAAUGAUGAAUUGAUGAUAAAACUUAUAUUAAGUUUUAAUAUAGUUAGUAAGUAGUAUAGUAUAUUAAAGAUGCAUAUUAGUAAAUGUAAUCCAUAUGAAAAGUAGCAAACGAACACUUAUAUUAAGACAAAAGAAUUGCAGGUGAAUGGAGCAGCAGCAACACAACAGAUGAUAGAUGUGUUCAAUGUGAAAGGGAUAGUGCAUUUUGGGAUUGCUGGAAAUAUGAACAACUCAAUGUCCAUAGGAGAUGUGAGCAUCCCUAAGCAAAUUACGAAUGCUGGCUUGUGGGAUUGGCUGAAUCCAGACAAAGUAAAGGGAGUUGAGGAUAUAGCGUACUUAGAUGUCGGAAACUAUAAUGUUCCAAAAGGAGAUGGCGACAAUGAGUUAGGGAGUAUUGGAUAUAAUUACGAGCAACUAUAUUCAGUCACUGGUCACAUCAAUGCACCUCAGAAUGUGUUUUGGAUCAACACAACUCAAGAGUGGCUUCAUCUUGCAGCUGAUCUAGAGAAGAUGGAGCUAUCGCAGUGUGUAAAUGCAAGUUUGUGUCUUCCAAAGAAACCAAAAUUGGUAGUUGGAUUGAAAGCAGCCACUGCUUACAUAUUUGUGGAUAAUGCAGCCUAUAGAAAUUUCUUAUACGAUACUUUUGGAGUCUCCUCCUCUGAUAUGGAGAGUUCUGCAGUAGCCAUGACAUGCGCAUCAAAUGGGUAUCCGAUAAUUGUGAUAAGGGGUUUAUCAGAUUUAGCUGGAGAAGGAGGAGAUAACACUGUUCAUAAGUUUGGAUCUUUGGCUGCCACUAACACUGCCAAAGCUGUUUUAGAGUUCAUUAGGAAGCUCCCACCGUACUAA